AGUAAAGUUAGGGAAAUAGAGUUUCGAUCAUGGCGAGAAGUGUUUCAGUUUGGUUUGUUUUGGUCGCAAUCGUCUGUUCUGUAACUGCGAUCUCAGCUGAAGAGAGCAGUGAAUCUAAGGAGUUUGUUUUGACUUUGGAUCAUUCCAACUUUACUGAUACAGUUAGUAAGCACAAGUUUAUCGUCGUUGAGUUUUACGCUCCCUGGUGUGGGCACUGUAGGAAUCUUGCUCCUGAGUAUGAGAAAGCAGCAUCUAUAUUAAGUAAACAAGACCCUCCAGUCAUUCUUGCCAAAGUAGACGCCAAUGAGGAAGCAAACAAAGGUUUAGCAAAUCAAUAUGACGUCAAGGGUUACCCUACACUUAAAAUUUUGAGAAAUGGAGGGAAGGAUGUUCAAGAAUACAAAGGUCCACGCGAAGCUGAUGGUAUUGUUGAGUAUUUGAAGAAACAAAGCGGUCCUGCUUCUGCUGAAUUGAAGUCGACGGAAGAUGCCACUAAGCUCAUUGAUGACAAGAAGAUAGUAGUUGUUGGAGUUUUCCCAAAAUUCUCUGACGAAGAGUUUGAGAGUUAUAUAGCACUUGCUGAGAAAUUGCGUUCUGAUUAUGAAUUUGGUCAUACUUUGGAUGCUAAGCACCUUCCCCAUGGUGAAUCAUCAGUGACUGGCCCUGUGGUCAGACUUUUCAAGCCUUUUGAUGAACUCUUUGUUGACUUCAAGGAUUUUAAUGUGGAAGCUCUGGAGAAAUUUGUUGAAGAAUCUAGCAUUCCUCUUGUUACACUUUUUAACAAGGACCCCAACAAUCACCCAUUUGUUAUCAAGUUCUAUAACAGUCCCAAUGUUAAGGCUAUGUUGUUUGCAAACUUGAGCGCUGAAGGUAUUGAUUCCUUAAAAUCUAAAUACCGUGAAGUUGCUGAGCAAUACAAACAAGAGGGAAUUGGUUUCCUCUUGGGAGAUCUUGAGGCUAGUCAAGCUGCCUUCCAGUAUUUUGGAGUUCAAGAAAGCCAAGUGCCUCUAAUCAUCAUUCAGAAUAAUGAUGGAAAGAAGUAUUUGAAACCAAAUUUGAAGGCUGAUGAUAUUGCACCAUUUGUGAAGGAUUACAAGGAAGGAAAAGUUCCACCAUAUGUAAAAUCUGAACCUGUUCCUGAGGAGAAUAACGACCCUGUGAAAGUGGUUGUUGCUGAUACCCUAGAAGACAUGGUUUUCAAAUCAGGAAAAAAUGUUCUUCUUGAAUUUUAUGCCCCCUGGUGUGGACAUUGCAAGAAAUUGGCCCCAAUUUUGGAUGAAAUUGCUGUCCAUUACGAAAAAGAUGCUAGUGUUUUGAUUGCAAAACUUGAUGCAACUGUAAAUGAUAUUGUAAAUGAGAGCUUUGAUGUUAGAGGUUACCCAACCAUUUACUUUAGAUCGUCUAGUGGAAACAUAACUCCAUACGAUGGCAAUAGGACCAAGGAAGACAUCAUCAACUUCAUUGAACAGAACAAGGACAAAACUGUUAAACAAGAAUCAGCGAAGGAUGAGCUCUGAAAAGGAUGGCAUGUGGAUUUGCAGUUUUACACAGGAAUUGCCAUCGACUGGAUGAUGCCGGAUCUUCUUCCUCGCCUCCUUCCCUUUUAGUUCAAUGAAUCUCUUUUAAAUU